UAUGGUUGAAGAAAAUGGACAAUUGAUGGAAACAAAUGAGAAGCUAAAGGAGACGAAUGAGAUCCUUGGUGAAGAAAAUAGUGUUAACGGUGAUCUGAUCCUGGGGUCUGGUUCAUCGCACGCACCCUCACACCCAGAUGAUAUGCGCAGAAAUAGCAAUGACACGGAUGGUGAAGAGGGUUGUGAUGUCAUGGAUAGUGACGAGGGCUGUGACAUAGAUGGUGAAGAGGGCUGCGAUGACAUGGAUAGUGACGAGGGCUGCGACAUGGAUGGUGAAGAGGGCUGGGAUGACAUGGAUAGUGAAUGGUGGUAGUGAUGAGGUUGGCAUGGCUGAAAAUGAAUAUGGCAAGUAUUGCACCCGAUCAUAAGAUCAAUUGAUGUCAUGGAGGGGUUGGAACCAGCCUCUGGUACUUUUUGUUCAAACUAAGUUGAUGUAAGACUGAGUUUGCUAGGUGGAACCAGACUCUGGUACUUUUGGUUCAAACCUGUGUUGAUCCAAGAUCGAGUGUGCUAACUUUUUGGUAUUUUGGUAGGAUUUGUAUUGCGUAUGCUGCAAUUUAAUUAAUGUAGGACUGAUAAUACUUGAGCAACCAUGACUUGCAAUGAUCGACAUUGUCGCCUUUCUAAGUUAUUGUAAUUAUUGUUCCUCACUAAUGGUUGUAUGUGCUGUAAUGAGAUUAUUAUGAUGAGUA